AACUCUCUCAUCAAAGCAAUCGCUCGAGAGACUUAAUUAGAAACAUAUAUAUAGCUCUUCCUCUAUAUAUAUCAUAUAUAUACGCAUAACAAAAGCUAAAUUUGUGAAGCCAUGUCAGGCGUUUGGGUGUUCAAUAAUGGAGUGAUACGUCUAGUGGAGAACCCAAACCAGUCCGGUGGUGUUGCCACUCAUCAGACGCACGGCCGGAGAAAUGUCUUGGUUUACUUGCCGACCGGUGAAGUCGUCUCGUCUUACUCGUCGCUCGAACAGAUCCUAAGGAGUCUCGGGUGGGAAAGAUACUUCCAUGGAGACUCCGAUCUCAUCCAGUACCACAAACGCUCAACCAUCGACCUCAUCUCCUUACCGAGAGACUUCUCCAAGUUCAACUCCGUUUACAUGUACGACAUCGUCAUCAAGAACCCUAAUUCCUUCCACGUCCGUGAUUUCAAUUGAAUUCCAUUACAGAAUUAACUCUAGAAAAUUCCAGACAUAAACUUGGUCGGAAUCUUCAGUGUGAAUGAUUCACGUACAAGUCAAAGAGAAGAUGUGUGCUUUCGAAAAAACAAAGCGAUGACUAUUGGAUUAUCAUCACUUAUUCACUUAGAUUGUGUUUAUUUGUUAAUAUGUGUUUAACUAUUGGUUUGGUUUUUAACUGGUACUUCUACAAGUUGGUUGCAUGUGCAUGUGUAUGCUUCUUUACUUUUCAUUUUUUUUUUUUUUUUUUGUGUGAGGCUUGUAUGUAUGGACAAGAGUAGUGUUGCAAAAGGUGGCACAUUACUUCAACGUUGUUAAUUGUUUUUGUUUUUGUAGCUAGCUUUGUAAUUGUGGUGAUUAAUGGUGAUCGAUAUGUAAGUUUGUGUUUCUUUGGGCUAGCUUUAAGCUAUAUUCGAUUUAUACAGUUGGUGAGGAAAAGUUCCUUUUCAUUGUUGAUUUAUUUAAAUGAAGUGAAAUUUGUCUUGAGACCAUAACAACUACAAGUUCAAUCAUUAUAGUUUGAGUCUUUGUGGAGUUAUACUAUACAUACCGAAAAUAUAGAGAUCGAGAUUUACUUUUAAUUUAAAAUCCAGCUUUUGAAACUAAUAAGUUACAAAUUAAUGUGUUGGUUUAGCAAAAGUUAAGGAGAAAAAUUGAUACACUUGGGUUAGUGGGUUCCCGUUGAGUUAGAGUAGGUAUUUGUUACAAUUUAUUUUUGUGUAAUGUAAUUCAAAAACAUAUUAUAAUUGUCUUAUUUUUUUUUUUGGUAAGUAGAGGAGGAAACACGUUAAUCGUUUGAUCUUGAAACUAUUGUAAUUCUUCUAUCAGAUUGUUUUUUAUUUAUUUUUGGGAUCGUGAAAAUAUUACGGGUUCCUGAUGCAGCCCAUAUAGGCCCGUUAAAAGCCCAAUUUAAUACUUAAUUACAAUUUUUUUUUUUUUUUGUUGUAUAUUUCCAUAUUCUCACUCUAUCCAACCGAAACCGGAAUCCGAAUCCGAAACCAAACCCAGAUCUUGUCGGCAUCAACCAGGCUAAGAAUGGACUUGGCUACGAAUUGAGAAUAUUAUCAAAGCAAAAAAGUUUUAUAUUACAGAGCGGAGGAGUUGAAUUCGAAGGAUCCCCUUGAAUCAAUUCUGCUCUACUACUAGUUUUU